CCCGGUAAACAGCUAUCGGGGUGGAGCAGAUUUUCCAACACAAUCGAUGUAAAAAAGGACAAAAAUGGGGCUCGGUGUCGAUGAGUGAUAUAAAUAUGAAGUGUGACACCUUUUCCAUCGCUUCGCCUUACCAGAUGACAAACUAACCCUGGAAACCUGCGGACGGACUGGGCUGUAUGGCGGGUCUGUCAUAUUUAGUGCUCCGGUUUUCGGGCUCUGCUGGUCGGACGUACGGAGUAUUUUCGAAAGGCUUGACGAGGACUUUGUUGAUAUUUUUUGAUCUCGCAUGGCGGCUGCGAAUCAGAUUCCCCUAUGUCUACCUCGUCGCCUCGAUGAUGUUUAAUGUGAGAUUACAGGUAAUCAUUCAGCCGCUGUAAUCGGUCAUCAACCCUCUAAACGGCACAGAGACAGCUGCUGAUUGCAAAGGCCCCUCAUGUUGGAUUCAUUACUGCCUUUGUUUUUGCCUGAAUGAGCGACACGUUGUAAAAGAUUUAUCCCUAAUGGACGGAUAAACGAUCAAUUUUAACUACAUUUAAAGCUUAAGGAUUACAGGUUCACAUCGAAAUCCACUGAGUCUUCAAUGGCUGCAUUAACACUUAACAAUGGAUAGUGUGCACUGUCACGUUGCAGCCAUCAGAAAACACCGGCUGACCACACACAGCGAUGUGAAAAAAGAAGACACUUCAAGACACUUCAGUCCAACACAAUAACGUGGCUGUUCGUUUUUGCCGCCCGGUGCCAGUUACACUGCCCGGCGCCUUUGCAGGUGAAGGGAAGCGGUGAUGUCUGCAGAUAUGAGACAGGGUGAGCGGCGAUAGAUGGAGCAGAUGGAGCGGGGAAAGAGCCCAGCAGUCACCGAUUCAGGAGAAGCUCGUCAGGUGCAUGAAGAUAUUUCCCCCGCCUUUUCUCUCUGAUAUCGAGGACUGUAGCAUGAAUGAUUGUUGCUGUGAAAGCUUAUAGUUUUUCUUUAUGUCUUACAUGUAUAGCUGACCUAAAUUCACAGUAUUAGUAAUCACCCAAAUCCUUUUUUAUGUUUCUGUAAUGGUUAAUCCACCAGUAUGCACACGCUCUAUAAUUAAAAUUAUAUUUUAAUGCUAAAACAUAAUUAUUGUUAUCCAUGAAUUUUCAAAUUUAUGCCCUUCAAUUUUUCUGUUUCAUCAAAGAAAAAACAUCAAAGCAUUUUUAUUUAAUAGAAGGUGCCAAAUUACAGUUACUUACUUGCAUUACUUAACAGAAUAUUCAGUCUGAGUCGUUAAGUCCAGUGUGCGGUUCAAAUCUGGGUGUAAAAACAUGAAUUCGGUUUGAAGACUCAAAAUUGUCAAAGAUCGAGAACUCACCGAAAAGGACCGAGUUCGCAUUAAAGUGCUUCACGAUGCCGGAUGGUCUUUCAGACAAAUAGGACAAGACAUAAAAUGUUCUCACAGUGUGGUCAAGUACGCUUUGGAGUCAGUUGCAGAGACCGGUACUUACAGAAUGCGCCAAGGAAGAGGGAGAAAACAAAAGCUGACUGACGCAGAUGUCCAGCACCUCAAGAUUUUAAGUACCAGUGACAGAAGGAAGACCACUGCUGAUCUUCAAGUAGAGCUAAAUGCUUCUAGAGCAGAGUCUGAAAAAGUCUCCAGAAUGACCAUAAGCAGACGACUGAAUGAACAGGGCUUAAAGGGGAGAGUCGCUGCUAAGAAGCAGUUAUUGAGGCCCAUAAACAUCCAGAAACGUCUCAGAUUACCCAGGGAGCGCAAACACUGGACUGUAGAUGACUGGAAUAAGGUACUUUGGACGGAUGAGUCUGAGUUUGAAGUCUUUGGUCAGAAUAAUCACCGAAAAUCUGAAGGAGGUUUUGAUGCUUGUUGCACUGCACCCACAGUAGAGCACGGUGGAGGUUCCAUUAUGGUUUGGGUUCCAUUUCUGGAAACGGCGUGGGCAAAUUAGUGAAAAUUGACAGUAUCGUGAACAUAAAGAUCUACCACAACAUCUCGGUGGAUCAUGGAAUCCCUUCUAGACUGAAACUGAUUGGUUGUGGGUUCAUAUACCAACAACACAGUGACCCCAAACAUACUUCAUAGCUGUGCAGAGAGUAUUUGACCAAGGAGAAGGAAUCCGGAGUACUGGAACUGAUGGACUGGACAAAUCAGAGUCCAGACUUGAAUCCUAUUGAGCAAAUUUGGGAUUUGGUGGAUUUGAAGAUAGAUUGCACAAAAGUUUCAUCCACAGCAAGUCUCUGGGAACAGCUGGAAACUAUUUGUAACAAAGGAGACUGUGGAAACGUACAUAAAAACAAUGCUAACAAGAAUGCAAGCCGUUAUCGAGGCCAACGGAGGCCGUACAAAUUAGUUUUUCUGUUUGUUUGGUUAUUAUUGGUGAAUAAGGACUAUUUAGUAGUUUCAUUUUGUUAUUUGCCUUACAAAUAACAUUUUUUAGUUUUAAACAAUUUAUUAAAAAAUUUCUAAAACAAAAUUGGGUUUUAGGCCAUCUAAUGAAUUUGUCAAGCACCAUACAUGUAUAGACAUUCAGUGUGAGGUAUAAAGUAAACAUCUAAUUUUUAUUUGAAGAGGUUCUUUUCCCUGCAUGACGCACAAUGUUUCUUUUGUCCUCUAUGAUCUGGACUAAUUUGUGGGUGGGUUUAACUGGAUGACAGAUGUACAUCAGAUAUCAGCAGGUUUGUUGUAGGAGAAGUCAGUAAGUGCAGUAAUGGUUCUCACUCUCACUCUCAUGCUCAGGUGGUCACCGUUUCUAUUGUGUUUCUGCUUACCAGUGGGAUCAGCAAAUCGAUGCUAAUGAAAGGUGUUACAUUCAAAAUUAUUUAUUACUGUUUAAAGUUUUUAUUUCUGUGAAAUGUGUGUGAGUGGGGUUUGAAGUUACAGAGCAAAUGCUGAGAAUGAAUGAACUCUGUGAGAAAUAAAUGAAUUACACCACGA